AUGCGCCUUCACUUCCUCCUCCUCUUUUUGAAUCACGCUGUCCAUUUCGCUUCGGGCCACAUCGAGCAGGUAGUGUCCGCAGAAUCACUCCAGGGCACAGCAAACGAGAGCUCUUCAGCCAUGCAGAGCCGUAGAUCACUAAGGAACAUGUACCAAUGGAAUAGGUCUGGGCCGCGCACUGGAAGACUCUAUUGUAGAGUUGGAAUUGGUUUUCAUUUACAGAUUCAGCCUGAUGGCAAAGUCAGUGGCUCGCAUGAAGCCAAUCUGUUCAGUAUUUUGGAAAUAUUCGCCGUGUCUCAGGGAAUUGUAGGAAUUCGUGGGAUUUUUAGCAACCGGUUUUUAGCGAUGAGUAAAAAGGGGAAACUCCACGCUACGACGAAGUUUACGGCUGAUUGCACUUUCAGGGAGCGAUAUCAGGAGAACAGUUACAACACUUACGCCUCGGCCACUUACAAGAGCGAGAACGGUAGCCGGGAAUGGUACGUGGCUUUAAAUAAAUGCGGCAAAGUUAAAAAGGGGAAUAGCCCGCGGGUGAAACCUCAACACAUUUCCACACAUUUCCUUCCAAGGUUCAAACAGUCUGAAAAAGAAAAGACUUUCAAAAUUACUAAAAAGAUUCCAGAGAAGAAAACGCCACCCAAACCUCCGAAAUCUCCUCCUUCUGUAACGGCCAGUAGGAAGUAUGUGAAUGUUGUCAAAUACAGGCCAAAAUUUCGUUUUGGAUAG